UGAUCUGACGCAAUAAAAAUUAAAGAUGGCAGCCUCCAGAGAGAACUACGAUGCUGGUAGUUCACAUCAUAAUACAAAUGAAUUUGCAUCACAUGCUGGACAAGGAACAAAGAAACAAAAGCCAUGUAGAGCAUGUACAGAUUUCAGGUCAUUUGCAAAAGCUCGAGGUAUGACUUUUUCAGUGUCGGAGAGUGACAAGACGAGAAAUGUCCAAGAAGCAGUAGAUCCUGAAUGUCCAUUGGACCGAGAAGAGCUGGGCUCCAAUACCUGGUCAUUCCUACACACGAUGGCAGCAUAUUACCCAGACAACCCAAGUACAACUCAACAAAGCGAGAUGAAGCAAUUCAUCCACCUCUUCUCCAAGUUUUUCCCAUGUAACGAGUGUGCUGAAGAUUUAAGAGAGAAGUUGAAGACCAAUGAACCAGAUACAAGAACUCAACACAAAUUAUCACAAUGGCUCUGCGGACUACACAACGAUGUCAACAGACGAUUAGGAAAACCACAGUUUGAUUGUUCACAGGUCAACGAACGGUGGCGUGACGGAUGGAAAGACGGGUCAUGUGAUUGACGACUGACAAGCUCUCUCAUUGGCCGAGACAAUGCAAUCAUAACAAAUUGACAGAUGGGUUUAUAUAUAUUAAAAUCAUUGGUUUAAAAAAUCGGAUUCUAUUAGCAUUCAUAUAUUUUGUUCAUGGUGAAAUUACUUGGUUAAUACAUAAAUAUAUUGAGUAUCAAUAUACUAUAUUUAAAUAUUAGUAAUACUGUAGCUAUAAUAGUUUUUAUACCAAUAUGGUUUUAUUAUCAUCAGCAAUAAGCCUUUAAAAAUUGGGAUAUUUUAGUGCCAGUUGAUCCUGAAACUAAGAAUAUUUACUGUUGUCUGACCAGGAUAGGGAAAUUACCAUUAAUCAUGUAAACUCAUCUAACCUAUGCCAGCAUAAAAAAACUGGUGUUAAAUUGUAAAUGAUCAAGAUGAUACUAAAACAUUUCAAACAUUUUCUUACAAUAUCGAUUAUGUAAUAUGAUCUUUAGGUUUUCCUAUUAAUUUACUUUGUAAUACUAAAACCAUUAUAAAAUUAUUUUUUAAUAAAGUUUUUAGAUUGAAUUUAAA